CGGAGGGUUGGGCCGAGUUCCCAGCCCCUCUCCGCCCGCCCGGUUGACAGGGGGGAGAAGCCGGCUGCGAGGGCGGGGGUCUCACGGGAGCCUUGCGCCAGCGAGCCAGGCCAGGAGUCUAGCGUAGGCCGGGCGCACCGGGGCCGAGCCCCGAGAGGGCUGUUUGGGCCAGCAACGGCUGGCUCCCCGGCACUAACCGGGCUGGGGUGUGGCGGGGGGCUUCGCAGGCCACCAGUAUCGACAUGUUGCUUGAGGAGGUCCGCGUUGGCGACAGACUGAGUGGGGCCGCGGCCCGGGGCGACGUGCAGGAGGUGCGCCGCCUUCUGUACCGCGAGCUGGUGCACCCCGACGCCCUGAAUCGCUUCGGCAAAACGGCUCUGCAGGUCAUGAUGUUUGGCAGUCCCGCCAUCGCUCUGGAACUUCUGAAGCAAGGUGCUAGCCCCAAUGUUCAGGAUGCCUCCGGUACCAGUCCAGUCCACGAUGCAGCUCGCACUGGAUUCCUGGACACCCUGAAAGUCCUCGUGGAGCAUGGUGCUGAUGUCAACGCGCCUGAUGGCACUGGGGCGCUCCCCAUCCAUCUAGCUGUGCAGGAGGGCCACAGUGCUGUGGUCAGCUUCCUGGCUCCUGAGUCUGAUCUUCAACACAGGGAUGCCAGGGGGCUUACACCCUUGGAGCUGGCAAGACAGAGAGGGUCUCAGGACAUCAUGGACAUCCUGCAGGGGUGCACAGUGAUCCCACUGUGAGCCAGGGCCACUCUACCCAGCAAGAGAACCCACUAGGUUCUGUCAGAAGAGGAGGGAAGAAACACUUUCUCUCCUCACUCCUCUUGCUCUUUACAGAAGGGGGAGGAGGACCAGUUUGUGGCUUAUUGGUGUUGAUUUUUGGGGGAGUGUGUGUUUGGGGGACAUUUCUCAUUUGUUUUUCUCACCCCUUUUGGUGUGUUGGACAGAGAAGGGCUCCUAUAGGCAACAGCCACCGAAACGGUUCAUUUUGUCUGCACCCCAGGCUUCUGGGGCUGCAGACUAGACCCAAGUGUAAAGCCUUAAAGCCCCAGCCCCAGAGUGAGUCAUCACCUCCAAGGCUCCAGGAACCUGGUGACUUUGGCCGGCUGUGCUCAGAGAGAUCCCUGAAGUGUGAGCUCUGUCUUGGGCAUGGGGGUCAGGGAGGGAAGUGUUUCAAAUCAAUAAAAGGGUAGUAUGAGUAAAUAUUUUGUUGGAAGCUUGUUUUCCAGUCUCUUGUACAGCGUUUAAAAAAGAGAUUCUAUUUAUUAAGCUUUAUGGAAAAAAUUGUGUGUGAUAAUUUAAUGUUUCUACCCAUUAAAUUAAAAUUUGUGCAUGAUCACG